AUGCGUCUAUUUCUAUACUUGUUGCCCUUCUGUCUUGCUGCGGUUGCUGCACCUGCACCCGCAGGUUCCACAAACGACAACGACGACCCGGAUUGCGAAGAAUGGGAUGGGGACAUUAUUGAGAAUAAGGACGCCGCUACUGCAGAUGGAAGUGCUGGCAUUGGCGUCGAGUUUGAAACCCUAAUGUUCAAAUUGACCAGCCCCGACUGCCCCCAAGACACCGUGAACAAUGCAAAGAAAAAGAUACUCGCAGGCCGAAAGCAGGAAGUCGAUGAGGGCAAGGUUCCCUUGUGGAUGUUGACUGCCGACACAGGAGCAGGAGAAAAAACCCUUCAAGCCGAGUAUAUCAUUGAUGGUCAGCAGAUCAAACUCGGGAGUGGACAGGCAGAGACAGUUGCAAAGGAGAUUGUGAAAGACUUCAUCAAUUGGCAGCCCUGGAAAAAGCGAACAGGAAAAGACCGAGUCAAAAUUGAAGUCGAGGACACACCAUGCGACUUCUACAUCGACGCGCCAGGCCCGAAGGAUGAUGCGACAAACAUCUUUUGGCAACCACAAUCACCGCCCCUCUGCCGCUUGAGGCUCUUAUCAUUGGAGAUACCCCCCCGGAGCCCUCUUGGAGCCCAAGCGCUAGUCAACAAAAAUUAUUUCAAGAAAAAGCCGAAUGGGAUCGAUCCGGUUUCGCUUACCGAUGAUACUGUUGCAUUCUUGAGCCUUGUCCUGACAUACGCCAAGACUAUCGCUAAGGACCCUCUCAAGCAGGACGAGAGUGUUAAAUUGCGAUCAGUAUUCAUGCCUCGGACUGAUUUCCAUACCCUUUAUACGCAAGUUAAAUCGCAGCUUCCGGGUGAUCUUUGGAACAUCAUCAACACCAUUUCAUGCUAUACGCCAAUUGAUCCAAAGGACAAGAAAGCCACGGAGCUUAACCCAAAUAGCGCUUUCUAUGUAAAGUUGAGAAAAAAAAAUGACAAAAUCACGUUUGUUCCCCGCACAACGCUCGGAGAUGCGAAAUUCGGAAGCACAACCAUCAAGGACUGGAUAAAAAACCUCGAUAAGGAAGACCUGCUUACCAGAUUUGACAAGGAGAUCGAUGGCUCUGUUGGUGGCCUUGGGUCCAAGAUGGAGAAGGUUCUCGGCACUAGUCGCGAUGCACCUUUGUUCGAAUUCCGAGAUUUGGAAUGGCAGGCAACCCCCAGCAUAGCUAGUUUUGUGAAAGAUGCCGAUGCGAAGCUUACACAGCUGCACCAGAAAUAUAGGCAGGUGCCGACGAGCGGAAAUUAG